GUCACCUUUUCUCAUCACUACAGUCAAUGGCCGUUCUUUCCGCCAUAGAAAGAAAGAAAAAAAACCCUAAAGAGAGAAAGAGAAAGAGAGAGAGAUAACAUCUUCACAGAUCGACCAUGAAGACUCUCUUACCUCUUCUCCUCUUCACCAUCAUCAUCUCCCUCCUCUGUUCUUCCUACGCAGAAGACGACGUGCUCUGUCUCCAAGGCCUAAAGUCCUCACUCACCGACCCUUCCUCACGCCUCACCUCCUGGUCCUUCCCAAACUCCUCCUCCUCCUCGAUUUGCAAACUCACCGGCGUCUCCUGCUGGAACGAGAAAGAGAAUCGCAUCAUCUCCCUCCAGCUCCAGUCUAUGCAGCUCGCCGGCCAGAUUCCCGAGUCUCUCAAGCUCUGCCGCAGCUUACAGUCCUUAGAUCUCUCCGGAAACGAUCUCUCCGGCACGAUCCCUCCCCAAAUCUGCUCCUGGCUCCCUUACCUCGUCACGUUAGAUCUGUCCGGCAACAAACUCUCAGGCCCGAUCCCGUCUCAGAUCGUUGAGUGUAAGUUCUUGAACGCUCUUGUCCUUUCCGACAACAAGCUCUCCGGUUCGGUUCCGACGGAGUUGAGCCGGUUGGAUCGGUUGAGAAGGCUUUCUGUGGCCGGGAACGAUCUCUCCGGGACGAUUCCGACGGAGCUGUCUCGUUUCGGGGAGGAGGAUUUUUCCGACAAUAACGGUCUUUGCGGGAAGCCCUUGUCAGGAUGCGGCGCGUUGAGUGGGAGGAACUUGAGUAUCAUUGUAGUGGCUGGAGUUUUAGGAGCUGUUGGGUCGUUGUGUGUCGGUUUAGCGGUUUUCUGGUGGUUCUUUAUGAGAGAAGGUAGAACUGGUAGGAAGAAGAGAGGAGGAUACGGAGCUGGGAAGUGUAAAGACGAUAGUGAUUGGAUUGGUUUGUUGAGGUCACACAAGCUUGUUCAAGUCACCUUGUUUCAGAAACCUAUCGUGAAGAUUAAACUGAAUGAUCUAAUGUCUGCUACUAACGAGUUUAGUUCAGGGAACAUUGAUGUUUCUUCGAGAACUGGUGUCUCGUACAAGGCGGAUUUACCUGACGGGUCUGCUCUCGCGGUUAAGAGGCUUAGUGCUUGUGGGGUUGGUGAGAAACAGUUUAAGUCGGAGAUGAAUAAGUUAGGUGAGCUUAGACAUCCCAACUUGGUGCCGCUUCUAGGGUAUUGCGUUGUGGAGGAUGAGAGGUUGUUGGUGUAUAAGCACAUGCCUAACGGGACACUGUUCUCUCAGUUGCAUAACGGUGGAUUUUGUGAUGCGGUUUUGGACUGGCCGACUCGGCUUAUGAUUGGUGUGGGAGCUGCAAGAGGUUUAGCUUGGCUGCACCAUGGAUGUCAACCACCGUAUUUGCAUCAGUUUAUUAGCUCCAAUGUGAUACUUCUUGACGAUGAUUUCGAUGCUAGAAUUACGGAUUACGGUUUGGCUAAGCUGGUUGGGAGUCGUGACUCGAACGAUAGCUCGUUUAAUAACGGAGAUUUGGGGGAGUUGGGGUAUGUGGCGCCUGAGUAUUCGAGCACUAUGGUAGCGUCUUUGAAAGGAGAUGUGUAUGGGUUUGGGAUUGUGCUUCUUGAGUUGGUUACAGGGCAAAAGCCUUUGUCGGUUGUGAACGGUGUGGAAGGGUUUAAAGGGAGUUUGGUGGAUUGGGUGAGUCAGUAUUUGGGGACUGGUAGAAGUAAAGAUGCUAUUGAUAGAAGUAUAAGUGGGAAAGGACAUGAUGAGGAGAUAUUGCAGUUUUUGAAGAUUGCGUGUAGUUGUGUUGUGACUAGGCCUAAGGAGAGGCCGACGAUGGUUCAGGUUUAUGAGUCUUUGAAGAACAUGGCGGAUAAACAUGGUGUUUCUGAGCAUUAUGAUGAGUUUCCAUUGGUUUUCAACAAACAAGAAGCUUGAGUAACUUUUUUUUUAGAAAGGUAUGAGGAAUCUACUCUGUAUCAAAGGCAUGUUAUCUCAUUCUUUGUUGUUUCUCUCCCACUGUUUUUACUUGUUAACUGUGUCACUCUUCUUGUGUUGUCUUGUGUCCUGCUUGUUGUAAAAUUAUGUACAUUCGUUGGGUCAUCAGUGUACUCUUUGGAAUGUAUGAAAUGAGAAGAUUUAUUCUGCC